GAACUGUUAUCGUGAUGCCGUGAUUAAAACAAAAUUUUAUGAUCGGAGCUUGUGUUCUAAUUUCUGAACGUUUGAAUUUUGUGUUAGGUAUUAUGAAAAAAACAGAUCAAAUUUAUGCUCGUUUUUAUUUUUUAUUAGUACGUAUUUAUGAGAAUUAUUAAAUUUUAAAAAUGUGUUUGUUAUUAAAAAAGCAACUACAGUGGAAUGUAAUGUCAAAUAUACGCCGAGAAUUUAUUUGUAUGUAUACUCAAAGACAAAGGUUAAUGUCUAUAGUUUCUAACGAAAAUGAUAUGCCCAUCAAAUUAAAGGGUCGAUUGGCCAGUCAAGAACAAACUCGCAUUAUAUCAGAAUUUAUUACUGAAUCAGAUUCAACUAACCUUAAUUGGAAUAAGUUGAAAGAGUCUGUUUUCAAUAUUAAACGUGGAUAUAUAAAUGAAAGAAAUAUAAAUGGGUGCAUAUUAGAAAUAUGCUCAAAACAAAAGCGCCUAGAUUUAGCCAAGUCAUAUAUGAGAUAUAUAAAAGAAUGUGGUCAAACUAAACCUAAUACAAUACUACAACUUCUUUACAUUCGAUCAUGUUAUGCAUCACAAGAUCAGUUGACAGAUGAAGAUCAACAUGAAAUUCAAACUAUUUGUCUGUCAAUUUUAAAAAAUAAUUCACAUUUAGUAAAUUCUACUUUUAUGGAAGGUAAUAAUAAUUUGAAAUUAUUUGUUUAUUCAAAGUAAACUAAUUAAAUUGUAUAUUGUUUAGGUAUAAUAAUGGGAUUAUGUUGUACUCCUUUGUGGCGCAAUUCAUUAGAAUAUUUAAACAAUUUUAAAAAUGAAAAAGAUAUUAAAAUCCGUGCAUAUAGUUGUACAAUCUUUAAAGCUUUUAAAGAAGAAGAAAUAGAUAUAGGAUGGUCCUUAAUACAAACAAUGUAUAAUCAGCAUGAAAUAUUAUUAACAUCAGUAUUUGCUGCUUGGUUUAAUCUUUGUGACAUUAAUAAAAACUAUAGUUAUCAGAAGGUAUUAGAAUUUUUAAGAGAUAAUGAAUGUAUUGUUCGAACACAUUUAGCUGAACUAAUACAUGAAAAAUAUAAACAAUAUGGCAGUAAAAUUACUACUACUAUAAUUAAACCCGAGUAAGAAUGUGUAUUUAUUUAGGUAUAUUUUAUUUAAAUUAUUUUAUUUUAUAUUUUAGUGGACGAUGUACAAAUUGUAAUCAAAUAUUGAAACCAGUUGAAAUUACAAAUUCAGAGUUUAAGGCACUUCAAGAAAGUUUUAUGUCUCGUGUAGUAAUUGGAAAAAAUAUAUUUAAUAAUUCAUCUCCACAAGAGUUAAAUAAUUUUAAAGACUUCAUAAAAAAUACUGCACCAUACGAUGUAGUAGUUGAUGGAUUAAAUGUAGCAUAUGCAUAUCGCGGAAAAAUCGCUAAUGAUUCAUUAGUAAGUAUAGUAUAUGAAGAAUAUGAAAUAUAUAACUAUAUAUUUCAUAGAAAAAGUUCCCCCUAAAAUAUGUGUUUGCCAUUGUUAGAUCCAUAGAUAAUUAUAUUGUUAAAAAUAAAAUUAAGUAAUAAUUAUUUUUCUAUACUUUUUAUACUUGAAAGAAGAUUAAUAUUGUGUGUUUUUAGGUGUUUAAAGGUAGAAUGGAGAACAUUAUUAUUAUUAUUAUUUGUUAUACAUUAAAAUUAUAUAUAAUAUAAAGAAAUUAUUAUAUUUUUUCCCAUUGCUUUUGAAAAUAACUUUAAACUUAAGGUACGAUCAAACAGAAAGCAGGCUGCCUGCCACAGUCUGUGGGUGUCAAAUAACGUGCAGGCAGUUUUCCACGGUCUAGUUUUUCUAGUGUGAAACAUGCCUUCUAAUAAUACUGUUUGACACUAUUUGCCUACUUAUAAGAAUUGGAAUUUUCGUUGUGGACAAAAUUUAAAAGCUGGCAUUUAGUAGCAGUUCUGAUGAAGAAAACCAAGAAAAAGAGAAAAUUAUAUUUAUAUUCAUAAUGACUAGUUGUUAUAUAGCUAUUGACAAUUAUGCAUUAAUUAAUUAAUUUUUUCUGUUUCAUCUGCCAUUAUUAAUAUAAUAUUAAUAGGUUUAAUAAUAAUUUUUGACCGCCAUGAUCACUGUAAAAUAUUACCGCUAGAUCACUGCUUGCUUCGGUCGACACUAUCUACCCAAUUGCUUGCACUAUAUUUAACCAUCAUGACACAAUUCUAGAUAACAUAGUGUCCGAGACAGACAAUACGGUCAGCCCACUUUCUGUUUAACCGUACCUUUAAUCAGUUAGAAUAAAUAUAUAACUUAAAUUGCUGAUACAUAAAUAUUUAAAAGUAUAUGUAAGGAAUAGCUUCUAAUUUUAAAGUUUUCAGUAGGUAGGUAGGUAGUUUUUUUAAUUUAAAAAAAAAAAAAAAACAACAUUUCUAAAAAGUCAACCGAAUAAGUAGAAAAAUUGAAAAACUUAUUAAUGAUAUCUGGAAUUUGAACUCGAUACCAUUACACUAACAUUAUACACAUUUUUUUCUCAGUUGUCUUUAUAUACUCUAUGGGCAGACCUAUCAUUUAACUGGCGUGCUUUAUUGUCAUUUCUUCAUCUCUUUGAAUAUGAUGAAUAUGAUAAAUGUUACUUGACAGUUGCAUCAGUGAGAAUCUAUCGAAAAAGUUCAUUUGUUCAUUUCUUAGUGCACAGUCCAUUCAAUCUGAAUGUUUAUUCAGUUUUGAGUUUUUUGAGAAGUAUUUAUUCAUCACAGUUAAUUCACUGCAAUUUAUGGUCAAAUUAUAAUUACGUACAUAACUCUUAGGGAUUUUUUUUUUUUUUUUUUGAGCAAGUUGGAAAUUUGGAUGGUAUUCAAGUUAUGGCGUUAGUGCGUCACUGACAAAAUUUUUGAUUCAUUUUUAUACAUAAUACAUGUAGAUUAUAGCUAGAGACCAGAUUUAUAUUCUCUUAUAAUCCACAAAAAGGCGCUUUAAAACAUCAAAAAAUCUCUGAAAAAGGCAUUUAUAAACAUUUAAAAAAGCAAAAAUUAUAGAAGAGUUCAAAAGUCUCCCCACUAAUGGAUUUAACUUAUUAAAUUUAAUUUUCUAACACGAAAAAUAAUUUUUUUUAAAUAAAAUUGAAUGUAUUAUAAAAAAAAAAAAUUACUUUUUAUUAAUCAUUUUUGUGGCAAUUGAAAAUUUUAUUUAUAAAUUAAAUUUGUUAGAGGGGGUGGACUCUUGAACCCCUUUUAUUAUUUUUGCAUUUUUAUACAAUUUUUAAGUUAAUUUUUUUCAAAGCUUUUUAAUUUUUUCAAGUGCUUUUUUGUGGAUUUUAAUAACAUAUAAAUCCGAUCUCUAAUUAUGAUGAUAAGAGUUAUUAAUUUUGUAUUAAUUUUAAUUGUUGACAAAUACGUAUAUGAAGAUAUUAAAGGAACGCCGUAUCAUCUACAAUUGAGAAUUAUAAUACAGUAAAUGUACUCUCCCACUGCUGAGCGUCCCGACUCCCCAAUAGGUUAAGUUAAGCUUCAUUUUCUUUGAAAUAUACUGCCUCCCCCCCUCUUUCAAAAAAAAAAAUUUAGUGUAGAUAUUUUUGAUAUGAAAAUCAUGAAAAAAUUUCAGAACACCUUUAGUCUGUUAAAGAUGGACUUUCCACUUGCUUGUUUUCAUUCAAUACCAAAAAAUAAUAUGAGUAAAACAAAUAAUAAAACAUUGGCACAGGCGAUACAGCUAGUCAAUUAAUAUAUUUUUCUGAGAUUCCAGGCAGUCUUAGGAAAUUCCAUAUUUCUUCUCUAAUAACACUAUUAUAUGAUUGUUUGAAGUCUACAAAAAUUAUAUGAAUUUUUUGUUAAAUUCAUAGAGGUUUUGUCCUCUUAAUUUUAAUAAUUCAGUUACAAUUUUAUCAUCUUUGACUUUUUAUUUUUUUAUAGUCUGAAUCGCAUACUGUACCUCUUCUAAACUUGAAUUUACUACUUCCGAUUCUACUGUAUAAUGUACGGUGUCUUCUUGUUUGCCUACUUUCAUUGUCGAAUCUUUGUUAAAGAAUCUUUCAAAGUACAUUUUGAAUUCCUCAGCAAUAUUCUCUGGUCUUGUAAUUAGAGUACCAUUAUUAAUUUCUAUCAUUUGUAUAGAUGGUAUAAAUCCACUUUUGAUUGCUUUUAAAUGUUUGAAAAAUUCUAUGGGAUUGUGUUUGAAGUUUUCAAUGUCCUCUAAUUACUUUUUGUCUUUUUUUUCGGUUGUUAUUCUCUUUUCUUUUCAUAAAUCAGUGUAGUUAAUUAUCUUUGCUUGUUCUCGAAGUCUUAUGUUCUCGCGGAUAGGUGUAUGAAUUGCUUUAGUUCUAGCUUCAUUGUAUUCCCUGAUUACUUCCCUGCAAUUAUUAUUAAAUACCAUUAUUUUGUGUGAAAUUAAUGACUUUUUCUGCAGAUUCUGUUAUUGUGGUCUUUAUUAUAAAUUAAAUUUAUAUGUAAUUACAAUGACAAAUUAUAGCUGUAGUGAAAGCAUAAAUCAAUAAUAGUGUCACUAGCUAAUUGGACAAUGUAAUUAUUGAUGAAAUAUUAAAAACUGAUUGUAGAUUUAGUUCGGUAAAAAGACAUACUGUGGCAUUUAUCAAUAUUUAGUUGCCCAUGAAAUUAGUGAAUCAAGAGAAUAAUUUCAUGUCAUCCACAAAAAUUAAAUUUCACUUUUAUGAAGAUGGUGUUUAAUACCAUUAACAAAGAUAGCAAAGAGUAAAAGGAAGGGAUGCCCUCUUUAGGGAACUUCCAGGGGCACGUCACACAAAGUAGAUUUGACACCAUUAUGUAUUUUAACCCGAAAUUUCCUCAUAAACUGGUACAAACAAAACUAGGAUAAGAGAGACUUACUGAAAAACCGGAAGACUCCAAAACCUUUAAAAGGGUGGAGUGGUCGACAUGAUCCAAGGCCUUAGGAAAAUCCAUUUAAAAGACAUCUUCUUGAGAACAAUAAUUAAUUGAUCCAGAUGAAAUAUAUUUAAUCAUUUAUAGUUUUAAAUUGUUUAAUCUGUGGUAUUAGACUAUUGUGCAUGACAAAACCUAUAUCAUUCUCAUGCUUAUUACUUGUCUUACCUCCUUAAUAUAAUGUUAUGUUUACGUGUUGGUAUACAUCCUUCACCUAACUAUCUCAAUUCUUGUAACACUAUUUACCUUAUACAGGUAAAUUAUAUUUACCUUAUACCUAUUUAUUGACUAGUGUACCAUGUACUCCUGAUUUAUAUAAAGUUCUUACAUUUCAUGUGCUAAUCCUAAAUCCUUGUAGUCUGGGCCGUUUCCAUUGUGUUUUAUCCAAAACUUUGUCCCAAGGUUUUAGUUUUGGUUUCUUAAAAAUCAUCUAAUAUAAUUAAAAUGUUUUAUUUAUUAACUAACUUAACUUUGAUAAGCUAGAAAAUUUAAGUAACUUGCUUUGAAUUAUUGUGUGCAUACUUGGCAAGUAUUUAAUUUAAUUUUUAAAUUCAAAUUAUCUAUUGUGAAAAUGUGUCUAUUUACAUUUAAUUUCCUACCGAAUAUUAACUAUUUACAUUCCAUUACCUUUUUUAAUGACUAAAAAUAAAAUCAUUUUUCAUUCUCAAACACAUUAAUAUUAUAUAAAAAUGAAAAUAAAAAAUUGAAUUAGAGUAUGGACCAUAACAAUUCUUAAUUUUAAUUAUUGACCUUAAAUAAAAAAAUGUAUUGCAAAUUCAAACUAUUAUAAUUAAUAUAUUUUAUUCAUAGAUCAAGAUUGUUUUGAAAAUUUUAAUUAAACAAAAAUCAAAAGUAUUAUUAUUUGGUAGAAAACAUUUAGUUCAACAGCUGGGCAAUGAAUUUAAUUUUAUAAAAAGAAAUGUUAAUAUAUUUUUUGCAGAUGAUUUGUAAGAAAUAAUGUUAGUUAUUUUUUUAAAAACAGUAUAUAAUAUUAAUAUUUUAUUCAUUUCUUUUAGAUCUAAAGAUGACCCAUUUUUACUAUAUGCAGCAAUGUAUAGUGGUAUUCAAACAAAAAUUCUUACCAGGGAUCUUAUGCGAGGCCAUAAAUUUUUGUUAAAUAAUUCUAAGAUGCAAAAUAUAUUUCAAAAAUGGUUACAAAAAAAUAGACUUAUAUUAAAAAUACGUCCACAGAAUGAAGUUUUUAUUAGAGUAUGUUUAUUUAUUUAUAGUAAAUAUAAUAUAAGUACCAAAAUGUUUUAAAAAAUAUAUUUCAUUUGGAAUACACUAUGUAAGUGUAUUCAUGGUAUUUAUAUUUAUUAAUCAUCAUUAUAUUGUUUUAGAAUCCAAUACCUUAUUUACAAACAACUCAAGAAUCUGGAAAAGGUAUAUGGCAUUUACCUUAUGAGGAAAUCAAAGAACCUGGUUCUUGGUCAAAACCAAAUUCAUCUCCUGAUAAUUGGAUGUGUAUAAAAACACUAGAUUGAAAUUUUUAAAUGUAAAAUAUUUUAUUUCUUAUUUAUACUUAAAACUUUUAAUUUAUUAAUGAUUUGCAGAAAAUAUGUUAAAUAAUGUAUUAAUAUAAGUUUUAAAUAGUACUUCUAGUCUUCCUAUAAAAUGUAACAGUAUUUUAAGAUAAAUUCUAACAAUGUAGUAAUAUUGGUUGAUAAAACUAAUUUUUUCACAAUAAAUAGUAAUAGCUUUUAAUUUUUUAAGACAGCAGUACAUACCUCGUUUUAUGGUCAAAUUUAAAUAACAGAUUUUAGAUAACAAGAUAAUAAAUUAUUCAAAUCAAUUACCAAAACAUCUGCUAGAAAUUUGUUGGUACAAACCAGUAUGCCGAUACAUUUUCUACUGGUAUUUUCUACAUUUGAUACUGAUUAUUUUACACCAAGGUUAAUAUAGACAAUAGAAAUCGGUAUAUCUUCACCAUUGUCCAAAAUUAACAAUCUAUACUAUCAAUACUAUCAAUUAAAGAUUAAUAAAUUAUUUAAACUAUUAGUAUAUUACCUAUACUAUAGUUCCCAUUUCCUAUUAAUAAGUACUUAAUAACAAUUAAUUUGAUUAGGUAUUCAUUGUUAUCAAUUAAAUUAUUAUAAUUUUCAUUUAUCAGUUUGUUUAUUAUUUCGAGGGAGAAAUGAGAAAGCAUGAAUAUAAAUCUGUGUAAAUAGUUUGCAUCAUAUGCCUGUGAUGGUGCAGAAAAAUUAAACCCGUGUCGUUAAUUUUAACACCAGUUACUCCAAACAAUUUCUCAAAUUUACACCGGUUUGAUUUUCAAGAGUAAAUUUACACCAGUUUGAAUAAAAAACAAAUUUCUUGUUGGUGUUGUAGAAUAUAGAAUCAACAUUUGAAAAAUGAACAUAGUUACAAAAACAGUCUAAAACUACUUAAACAAUUUUUAAAAUAAGUGAGACCCUGAACUAAAUACUGUUGCAAGACCUUAAUAUUUUACACUUCUGAUGUUAUCUUACUGGAAAAAAUCAUUAAACACCUAUAUAUAAAUAACAUUCAGAACUUAUUAAUUAUUGCACUAAAAUGAUUGGAAAUAUGGAUUCACAUAUUAGAAUAAUUAAAUCUGAUAUUCGAAAAAAAAAUAUUUAUUUACAGAUUAACAGGGCAGAAUGAUAAACAGAAACAUUUCCGUACAAACUUAUAUCUCUACCUGCCACGUCCAGUCCGAUAUUAUAUUAUGUAUAUUUAAAUUUUUGGAGAAGUAAAAAUCGCAGAUUUGGAUUUUUUCUCAAGAAGACUUUAUGAAACUUCUAAAUUCUAAUAAAAGUCUAAAUUACUAUAGUAUACGUAAUGAAGGCAGAAAAUUACAGCAUUAAGUCUUCUUUAUGAAAUGUUUCUAUCUAAAGGAAAAUAACAUUUUAUCGCUUCAGACAGAUGAAAGUAAUAUACAAUUUUAUAUGUACUUAGUCUUGAUUACCUAAUGUUAAUUUAAAAUCUAGUUAUUACUAAUUAUAUGUUGAGAUUUAAAUCAGAAAAUGUUUUGCUUGGAGAUUUAUUGAUGCGAGGUCCUAGCUACAUGUCGAGUCUGUCCUACCCUAUACAGUCUUUGAUGCUAACAACUGUCAUCUUUGGUAUUAACUCUGAUGCUAAUUCUAACUAAAAAACAGUU